AUGGCGGAUCCGCCGCCCGUGGCCGCCUCCGCCUCGCCGGCGCAGGCCGACCAGCUCGCGGCCGCGGCGGCCUCCGUGUCCACCCCGCAGAACCCCAACCCUAACCACCUCCUCUCCCCGCAAAUCCCCCCGUCCCCGACCGUCUCUGACCUCUCCGCGCACAUCUCGUCCCCGCAGCAGCUCGACCCGGCGGCCGCGGCAGCGGCAGCUUCCGCUUCGGGCGGCGGAGGAUCCAUGGAUUACCCCCCGCGCCCGCCGCAGCUGCAGGCGCCUUCGCCCACGCAGGCCGGGGCCGGCGCCGCCGGGUUUGGCCAGAUCCCUCGCUCGGGGUCGGCCUCACACCUCUCCACGGCCAGCCAGCUCCAGCAGUACGCGGCGGCUAGGAUGUACGGCGGGCAGAUGAGCUUCUCGGGUGGCGGAGGGCUCGUGGGCCAGCAGCAGCAGCAGCAGCAGCAGCUGGCGGGGCGCGCCCCCAUGCUUGGGCAGGGCCAGCUGGGGAUGCUGCAAGGCCAGGGGAACGCGGCAUCUGCGGCACAUUUUGGGCUUCAGUCGCAGAUGAUGGUGCAGGCUAGGCAGAAGGGCAUGGCACAAGGCACACAAUUGAAUAAUGCUAAUACAGCUCAAGCGCUGCAAGGGAUGCAGUCCAUGGGUGUCAUGGGUACUAUGGGGAUGAACCAGAUGAGACCGAAUGGAACUAUUCCCUAUGGUGCUCAACAAAGGUUUGCCCAUGCACAAAUGAGGCCACAAGCGUCUCAACAACCUGCACUGUCUCCACAGAAGGUACCUGGUCAAGGUCUGUCGAGGACAGCGUCAAUUACAGCAUUAAAUUCACAACUGUCUGGAUCAUCACAAAAUGGACAGAUGGUGGCAAUGUCUGUGCCUCAGCAACAGCAGCAGCAGUGGUUGAAGCAAAUGCAAUCAUCCAUGGGCUCACCAGUUUCCCCACAGCAACAAUAUCAGCACCAGCAGAGGCUCCUGUUGAUGCAGCAACUUCAGCAGAAGACAGGAUUGAGCCAACAACAACUUCUCCAACUCCACCAACAGCAUCCACAUCUCAGUGCCCAACAGCUGAUUCAGCAGCAACAUUUUCUGCAGCAGUUGCAGCAGCAGCAACCGCUACAAUCUCCACGUGUUUCAGCAUCUGGUUCGCAGAAGUCUGCGAACCUUACAGCCUCACAACCGGGUACACCUUUGUCAGUUGGAACUAUGACUGGUGGAAGUGCAAAUCAGGGAGCUGAAGGAACUAGCCAACUUCUUGGGAAAAGAAAAAUACAAGAUCUGGUUGCACAGGUAGACCCCCUAGGCAAAGUUGACCCUGAAGUGGAGGAUUUACUUCUAGAAAUCGCUGAUGACUUCAUUGACUCGGUGACUGCAUUUGCGUGUACCUUGGCAAAGCACAGGAAAUCAUCAGUUGUUGAAGCCAAGGAUGUGUUGCUGCACUUAGAAAGAAAUUGGCAUUUAUCUGUUCCUGGUUUCUCAAGGGAGGAUAAGAAUCCUCAAAGAAAUUCUGUAAAGCCAUUGGUAGAUCCCCAACAAUCAGAAAGUGAUGCUACUGGUAUCAAAGGCACAAGCAAUAAACUUGGUGCUAAUAACUCUGUUGGCAACCAUCAAAUACGACCUCCGAUGGCAGAACCUUCAGCAAUGCCAACAGUGGGCCCUCUAUCGAAAGCCCCCCGCUUCUAA